CCAGCAGUUAUGAACCAGACCGCGGCUCCGGAUCUUUGCCACUUGCCUCCCCGCCGCGGCGUCCCCCAGCAACGCAUUCGCCUACCGAAGCGGCAACGAAGGCAGCCAGCGAAUGCUAGAAGCGCCGCCGUCGGGAACAAACACCUCCUAUCCCAUCGCUAGCCGCUCAGCGCUGACAUCUCGCCGCGGCGGUAAGCCCUGCAGCGUCUUCGAUCAAACAACCACGUGUGCAAGUACGAUUGCUGCGACUACAGAACAAAAGCAACUGGGAAGUGGAAUGUCGGUGGGCGACGAGACCAACGGCGCUGGCAGUAGCAACAAGAGCGCGGCAGAAGACGUCGCGAAGGACGAUGCCGCCGUGGACAGCGCCUGUCCUACUAAAGAGAGCGAGCCUGUGCCACCAGCUCGCAAGCGUCUUGUGCGUCGUGGAGAGGUUAACUGCCGCUGGCUGUACAAUCAGGUACAGGCUUCGCGUGGCAUGAUCCUCAUCGACACAAGGACCAGAGAAGAGUACGAGGAAGACUCCAUUCCGUCAGCUAUCUCUAUCCCACCCAUGCAGGGCUGCAAGACGUUGGAAGAUGUAGAGAGCGAACUGCUUGAAGAGCAGCGAUAUUUGUUCUCCAGCAAGAAGAGGAAACUGCGCGAUGUCGUUCUAUUCGGAGACGCAGUAAAGAAAACCUCGGGUGACGACGCCCACGAGUCCAAGACGUGCAGCUGGCUCAGGAAACUCGAGAAACUUAUCAUCGAUGACGGUCUCGUGACCAGCGUCAAGCUGUUGUCUGACGGCUUCGUCACAUUCAAGUACCGCUACCCAUUUUACACAACAUCGGCACUACUGGACGAGAUUUCGGGCCAACUGACACGAACCAAGAGCGGCACACACAACCUGAACUACCCCAACGAGAUCCUGGAAGGUUUCCUCUUUCUUGGCAAUAUGUGGCAUGCACAGUCCAAGCAGGUGGUGUCCCAUUUGGGUAUUACCCACGUCGUGAACGCUAGUCUGGAUGUGGGCAAUACGUUCGAGAGCGACGGCGUCAAGUAUCUUAAUGUCACCAUUAAGGACCGACCGGAGGCAGAUAUUGGCUCAUACUUCGACGCCGCUUAUAGGUUCAUCGAGUCAGCCAAGCGUACACAGCACGGCCGAGUGCUGGUCCAUUGUACGCAGGGCAUCUCGCGCUCUGCCACUCUCGUUAUCAUGUAUUUAAUGCGCGCUAACAACUGGUCGCUCGUCACAGCUGUGAAUUUCGCCAUGGCUAGUCGCGGUGUCGUGUAUCCGAACCAAGGCUUCGUGAAGUCUCUGAUGGUGGAAGAAUUCCGACUUUACAAGGGCAACAGCAUCACUCCCGACGAGGUUGACACGAUGCUACAGAAUCUGAUCCCUGAUCGACCUGUACCGCUGCAAGUUCACUCUAACAGGACAGAGAAUUGCUCGCGUUGUCGAAAAAUGUUCUCGCUCUUGGAGUGGAAACACAAGUGCAGUUAUUGUCGCAAAGCCUUCUGCAGUAAGUGCACGAACACGCGACUGGCUAACCCGGAGCGAGAGAAGAGUGCAGCAAGUAAUGGCGUGAUAGACGAGCAGCGACCUCGUCGUGUGUGCCAAGUAUGUGUGAGCAGGCUGUGGCAGAUUAACCUCCCGCGUUCUCGCAAGGGUCUUCAGCCUCGUAUGCAGCGUUGUAAACACUUGAACGUGAACAGUUUGUCGACAUUUGGACGCACCGUGUGCAUCUCGUACUUUGAGGGAACGGAGCCGCAGGUUAUUAUGGACGUGCUGAAGAUUCGCUUCGGUGUCAAAGAGAACCAGAUUGUUGACAUUUCUCGGGAUGACGGUGAGCCUAUUCGGACUGUGGAGGAAAUCGCAAGACUGCCGGAUGAAGCCGAGGUAUUCGUCUCGGUAGGAAAGGCCGGCAACAUUCAGGAAUACAGUCAACGCGUAACGAAGCAAUUUAACGGGUCGUCAACCGCGCGGUACACGAACAGCAACCACCGUCAGCAAUACGCGCGUCAGAAUCAGCAGGAGCGUACGCGCCAGCAGUUCCGACGAGAGCUGCAGUCGCCUCGAGAACGCUUUUUUCGCGAGCGCAGUUCAUCCGAGGGCGUUGUUGACACGCUGCAGCAAAUCGAGACGUCAGGUCGUCCUCCUGAUGCGCCUCGCACGCGUUCGUUCCAAAUGGAGACGUGUAAUGUCGAAGCGAGUACGGCAGCACCCCCAGUUGAGGAUCCCGAGGUGGCUGAGCGGAAGUUCCGCGAGCUGUGGAAGUUGUCCUUCCCGUCGAUGGGACUUAUUGAGCGUGCUGCUCUACUCAAGAUCAAGCGACCGGAAAUUCUUAUGGAUGUAAUGCUUGGAAUGAGCAGUCUCUCUUGUGGCGCGCUGACUCUGCAGGAGUUCAGUCAACGCCUAAUUGAGCUGGGCUACGCUGACUCAGAUCGCCAAGCCGUUAUUUCUCUCUUGGACACAGCUCGUCACGCCACAGGACGAGUCGUCGGCUGA